CUCCGCGGACACGGUUCAUGGGACAAGAAAGCAAACUCUCCCUGAAAAAAAAGCUUUCAAAAGCAACUUAAGUAUAUAACGAGGAUUUUUUUUUUUUUAAUUAAAGCGAGGACUCGACUCAGAAGAGUAGUUUCGUUAAAUCAAGCAUUUUAUCCAGUUUUAGCUUCUUUUUUUUCGCCCUCCCGCUCCCGGAGAUGUGUCUCGUGGAGAACUAGGAGCGGACAGGGCUGCACACGAAGCCGGGAUGAGUGGGAGCUCGUCCGCGGUGUCCGGCGCGGCGCCCUGCCGCUUCGCCCACUACUUCGUUAUCUGUGGGAUAGACACAGAAACUGGACUGGAACCGGACGAGUUAGCAGCUUUGUACCAAUGGCUCGAAGCAGACCGGCAAGGCAGGGGCGGAGAUGCAGCGGCCACAGGCGAGAACUUUGAGCAAAGCCCCCUGAAGAGGACGUUCAAAUCCAAAGUUCUGGCACGCUACCCUGAGAAUCUGGAGUGGAACCCCUUUGACCAGGAUGCUGUCAACAUGCUCUGUAUGCCUAAAGGCCUGUCGUUCCGGACGCAGGCGGACAAGCGUGAUCCUCAGUUUCACUCUUUCAUCAUCACCAAGGAGGAUGGCUCUCGAAUGUAUGGCUUCGUCCACACCUUCUACGAGGAGGUGACCAGCCCCCAGAUCUGCUCGGCCAUGCAGACCCUCUACCAGAUGCACAACGCAGAGCACGCCUCCGCCAACCCCCCUUCCUCCUCCUCCUCCUCCUCUUCCUCCUCCUCCUCCAGCAUGGACUCUCUGGCUAGCAGUUUAGACGAGGCCGACUCUCCGACCUCCUCCUCCGCUUCUGCUUCUUCUUCUCGGGCAGCAGGUGGCUACGACUCAACGCGGGACACUCUCUACGUGUCCAAAGCUUUGUGUCUGAUCACCCCCAUGCCAUUCAUGAACGCCUGCCGCCAGUUCCUGUCACAGCUACACAGGGCUGUCACAGCGGAGACUGCCCCCCCACUGCCACUAGAGAGCUACGUUCACAACAUCCUGUACGAGGUGCCCCUCCCCGCCCCGGGCCGCACACUUAAGUUUCAUGGUGUAUACGAGCCCAUCGUGUGCCAGAGGCCCGGGCUCGGGGAGCUUCCGCUGGCCGACUUCCCCCUUGCAGAGGCCUUCAGUCUGCUGGGAGUGGAAAACCUGGUCCAGGUGUUCACCUGCACUCUGCUGGAGAUGCAGAUCCUCCUGUACUCAGAGGACUACCAGCGGCUGAUGACCGUGGCAGAGAGCAUCACAACCCUACUGUUUCCUUUCCAGUGGCAGCACGUCUAUGUCCCGAUCCUGCCAGCCUCCCUGCUCCACUUCCUGGACGCCCCCGUUCCCUACCUGAUGGGCCUGCAGUCAAAGGAGGGCACUGACCGCUCCAAACUAGAACUUCCUCAGGAGGCCAACCUGUGUUUUGUCGAUAUUGACAACCACUACAUUGAGCUUCCAGAGGACUUCCCCCAGUUCCCCAAUAAGACCGAGUUCAUCCAGGAGGUCAGCGAGGUACUGCAGGGCUUUGGUAUCUCUGCCAGCAGGGGGGCCCCACCACGGACCGGCAGCAGUCUCGGCAGCAACCCCUCCACACCAAGCAGGGAGCGCAAGACCGUUGCCCUCCAGCAGCUUGAGGAUGACGGGCGCAAUGGCAACCUGGCAGGGGAGGACCUCGCUGUGUUGGAGCUGCUGCAGGGAAACGCCACCUUGGAGCGACUGCAGGCACUGACCAAACGCACCGGGGUGACGGUGGCCCGCGUGGACGCCCUGAGGGCUGGGGUCAAAGCCCAGGUGACAGGCGACCGGCAAGGGAGCAGGACAGCAGCUGAAGAGGAGGAGCUGAGGAACGCCAAGCUGACCGUCCAGCUGAGAGAGGUGUUCGCCAGCCGCUUCACCACCAUGUUUGCCGACUACGAAGCCUUUGUCAUCCAGAGCGCCCCGGACCUGGAGUCCUGGCUCACGAACAGGGAGCAGAUGCACAACUUCGACAAGGCCUCAUUCCUGUCAGACCAGCCGGAGCCCUACCUGCCCUUCCUCUCCCACUUCAUUGAGACACAGAUGUUCGCCACCUUCAUCGACAACAAAAUCAUGUCCCAGUGGGAGGAGAAGGAGACGCUGCUGCGCGUCUUUGACACUCGCAUCGACAAGGCCCGCCUCUAUAACGUCCGCGCCCCCAGCCUCCGCUCCUCCAGCUACCAGAGGUGCUCCAUCCUUAAGGAGUCUGCCCAGACCAUCGAGCAGCGGCUAAUGAAGAUUGACCACACGGCCAUCCACCCCCACCUACUGGACAUGAAGAUCGGCCAGGGCAAAUACGAGCAGGGCUUCUUCCCCAAACUGCAGGCUGACGUGCUCAACACGGGUCCAACCAAUAACAAGUGGUCUCAUAGGACAAUGACAGCUCAGCGAAGGAAAGACCGCCACAGACAACAAACAGAGCAUUUGAACCUCGAUAACGACUUGAAAGAGCAGGUGGAGGGCUGUGUGGUCCUGCAGAACUCCAUGGCAUUUUGGGAGUGGGACAAUGCGUCCCCUCCACCUAUCAAACCGCCUAAAAAAUCUGCCUCUGUGUCCUGCCUGAAGUACAUGCAGGAAGCCCGUGGCCUGGGGAAGAACCUGCGACAGCCCAAACUGUCUGAUCUGUCUCCUGCCGUCAUCGCCCAGACCAACUGGAAGUUUGUGGAGGGGCUUCUCAAAGAGUGUCGCAUGAAGACCAAGCGCAUGCUGGUGGAGAAGAUGGGACGGGAGGCGGUGGAGCUGGGCCACGGCGAGGCCAACAUCACCGGACUGGAGGAGAACACUCUGAUCGCCAGCCUGUGUGACCUGCUGGAGAGGAUCUGGAGCCACGGGCUGCAGGUCAAGCAGGGGAAGUCGGCCCUUUGGUCCCACCUGCUGCACUACCAGUCCCGAGAGGAGAAGCUGGAGCAGCAGCAGACUGAUUCACCAUCAUCAUACGUUCCUGAGAGGAGGAAGUCGGAUUCGUCCAUAUCGAUGCCAUAUCUCCGUUUGUCCCUUAUCCAGGAUAUGAGGCACAUUCAGAGUAUGUCGGAAAUCAAGACAGACGUGGGCCGAGCCAGAGCCUGGAUCCGUCUGUCACUGGAGAAGAAGGUCCUCUCUCAGCACCUCAAACAGCUGCUGUCCCGUCAAGCCUUAACUAAGAAGCUGUACAAGCGUUAUGCUUUCCUGCGCUGCGAGGAGGAGAAGGAGCAGUUCCUCUUCCACCUGCUGUCGCUCAACACUGUCGACUACUUCUGCUUCACCAGCGUCUUCACCACCAUCAUGAUCCCGUACCGAGUCGUCAUCAUCCCCAUCAAGAAGCUGAGCAAUGCCAUGACCACCUCCAACCCCUGGGUGUGUGUGUCGGGGGAGCUGGGAGACUCAGGUAUCAUGCAGAUCCCCAAGAACGUCCUGGAGAUGGCCUUUGACUCUGCCUUCAGGCCUCACACGCACAUCUACGCCUUGUUCAAGUGCCAGAACCUGGGGAAGCUGACCACAGUGCAGCUGGGACAUGACAACGCUGGUCUUCUGGCCAAAUGGCUGGUGGACUGUGUCGUGGUGCGCAAUGAGAUCACAGGACACACAUACAGGUUCCCAUGUGGCCGAUGGCUCGGUAAGGGCGUAGACGACGGCAGCCUGGAGAGGGUUCUGAUCGGUGAGCUGAUGGUGCCCGGCAGCGAGGACGAAUCUGGGAGAGGCUGCCGUACGCCUCCGCUGCAGCGCUCACCGUCCCAGACCAGACGCAUCAGCAUCACGUCGCUGUCGGGACGAGGAUGCAAACCAACCUCAGGCCAGAUCCAGGAAGCCAUCGGGGAGGCAGUGAACAAUAUCGUCAAACACUUUCACAAGCCAGAGAAAGAGAGGGGCAGCCUGACGGUGCUUCUGUGCGGAGAGAACAGCUUGGUGGCAGCUCUGGAGCAGUUUUUCCAUCACGGCUUCAAGUCUGCCCGGCUCUUCCAGAAGACGGUGUUCGUGUGGGACUUUGUGGAGAAGGCCGUUGCCUACAUUGAGUCAGCUGACCAGAUGGGAGACCUUCAGGAGACGGGGGGGAUGACUUGUCAAUCACUCUGUCACUACAUCAACGCAAUCAACUCCACCCCAAGGAACAUCGGAAAGGAUGGGAAGUUCCAGCUGCUGGUGUGCCUUGGAGCCAGAGACCGCCUGCUGCCCCAGUGGCUCCCCCUGCUGGUGGAGUGCCCUGUGAUCCAACAGAUGUAUGAGGACACGGCCCUGCUCAGAGACCGCACCACUGUCAACGCCCUCAUCGGUGUCCUGGAAACGCUUCACGACUUCCCCAUCACACUGGAAUCCUCACUGGUAAAAGGUAUCGAUCUUUAGCUCCAGGACGAAGACCUCUGGGGAGCCGCCUGUUUUUCCCCAAAACCUCUUUCACCUCCACCACCACCAGCUUCACCUGCUCUGCCCUCUUUAAGCCAGUUGGCUCUGCGAUUAGAUGGAGUAACAGGGACAGAAAUGAGGGGACAGUUGAGGAAAUUAAAGAGACAUUUAUUUACCAAAGCAGGAUGUUCCACUGCUUGAUGUGAGAGUUCAGGACUUUGGAUCAACCAUUAACUUGGAUGCUGUAUUAUUAAUCCACCUGUGGAUCUGAGGGACUUUUUUUUUUUCAUUAAACCACAACCACUGCUAUAUCAUGAUUCACUUCAUUAACAACAAAUCUCAAGUGUUUUACAUGACAGUGAAAAAGUUUCUAAACAUAAGAUCAGUUUCAAACUGACUUCCCGCCUUCCAGGUAGACUUUGGUUUUAGUUCAGUCCAGUACACAAUGAAAAUCACCAUCUCACACACUACUGUCCAUGGCUCUCAGCUCCAAGCCCGUUGGUCCUAGCUGUUUCAUUUUUUAAAAUGGCUAAUUCAUUUUAUCAAAGAAGCAGGAAGAAGUAGUGCAUUUGUUGGGGACUAUUUUCAGUGGUGGAUGAAUCCACAUUUGAUGCUCUAGUGAGUAUUUCCAGCAGCAGGACAGUGUGUGUGUGGGACUGAAUCAGAAUAAACUACAGUGUGUGUGUGUUCACGGUAACGAAGGAACAUAUCACCCAGUGCAGCAAUUUGGAUCAGGCUGCCUGGAAGUAAGGAAAUCAGUCUAAAAUUGCUGACAGUAAUAAAAACUCACAAGAAGAUGAAUGGUUCUUUAAAGUUCUAGUAGCAGCAGCAGACCUUUCCCUGUGUGCUAGCUGUGUAGCCUAGCUUUGCUCCGUUAGGUAGAACUAGAUAAACUGUGAUGAACUAUGAAUAUCCUCACACCCUUGUUAGCAUUAGCAUUAGCGAGCAUGCCUAUGGGAUGUGGAAAGAAGAGACGACCUCAGGAAGAGACGGAGCUAUAACUGAUGCACUGGAACAAGGACUACAGAGAUGAUUGUGGACUCACACAGUGCGGUCCUGUGGAGUCUCCAGCUCUCCAUGCCCCCCCCUCUCCCCGGACUUGGUUUGGGCAUUUUCUCAGCUCAUAAUCCUGUGGAUGAACACAAAAACGGAUCCCAGUGAUGUGGAUCAGAGUCAGGAAGUCAACCUGUGGCUGCAUGGACAUUCCUACCAAAGUACAGGCACCAAGCUGGCUGUUUUUAAUGUGCUGUCCAAGUGUGUGUGUGUGUGUGUGAGAAAGAGAUAUUACAAAGAUGUGUGUGCUCUGGUGUGUGUUUACCCUCCAUUUAUUUUUAUAUCUUCCAGCUUAAAGUUUUCAAAGUUAUCUACUGGUUUCCGGACGAGACUGUAACACUGUGUAUGUGUGUUUGUCUGUGUGGGGGCUUGUUUUUAUAUCCCUGUGGGGACUUAAACUGACUGCAUACUAACCCGUGGGGGACUCAUUUCACUGUGGGGACAAACAUCUAGGUCACUAAGACUUGGGUUUAGAGUUUUUGGGUUUACUUGGGUUAAGGGCUAAGGUCAGGCAUUUAUUUGGGAUGGUUAAGUUUAGGGUAAUGGGCUAGUGAAUGCAUUAUGUCAGUGAGGGUACCCCACAUGAGUAGUGAAACAAGUCUGUGUGUGUGUGCGUUACAUGUAUGUCUCACACAUUCAUUUAUAAUUUCACAUUACCAAUGUUGCCAUUUCAGUAACACCGAAGAUGUUCAACAAAACAGUCUGAACUCGAAGUCCACUUACUAGCUUUUUCCAGAGCUUUCAGCCACGUCUCAUGCACUUCAUUAGGGGAUUGAGUUUCCAGUCGUCACAUGACUUAAGCUCUUCCAAAAUCUAGACAGUGGACUAUCAGAUAAUUUUGUCAAACUAUGAAUUCCCAAGGUCCAGAAUGAAUUUUGACUCAUGUAAGCAAGUUCCUUUCUUUAAACCAGUGUAGUAAACACUGGAAAACAGUUGCUAACAGUGGAGAGUGCAAGGUGAACAAGCCACUUGCAGUUUGGUUUAUUUAAAGAGCAUACUGAGUGAAUCCUCCUGUUUCAUCAUGUUUUAAUGGAAUAGUUCAACAUUUUGGGAGGUGCACUCAUUCACUUUCUUGCCAUGUCUGUGCGAUAAGUCCAGAGCUAGCUGUCUGAAGAGACAAAAGUAUGUCUACUGGUCUACUGGUAACAAACCUGGCAACCUCUCUUGUCCUCGCUUGUCCUUGUGGACAAUAAAACUGGGAAUGUGUAAUGCUUUUAAAGGAGGAUAAGGCUAAAUCUUAAUUUAAAAACAAACUUUCAUUGAUUUCCUAAAACAGCUGAGCACUUCACUCAAACAGAAAAGAGAGAAUUUGGAGGGUACUAUUUUCAGGAGCGGAUUAAUACACAGUUGAUUCACUGAUUCACAAGUAGGCAUUUACUGCUCUACAGACGUUUUUUUGUUUUAUUUUGUUUUUGUUUUCUACUUGUUAGUAAUCAUACUGGAUUUCUUAAUGUACAAACUGUUUGCUGAGGACAUGCAAUGUGGACUACUGAGAUUCCUCCCCCGACUACUGCACCGUUACUGGGUUGAUUUGUUACACGGACAUGUAGCGUGAUGAGUGGCAUUAACCCCGAGUAGACCUGCUCAAACAGGAAGCGCUACUGACAGCCAUGACAGCGGCAGUUGUGCAUCACCAGACAAAUAGAGUUUCGGUGUCUGCGUUGGACUGACGACUCUGUUCUGAUAUUUAUUAUUAUUAUUUCAAUAAAAAGCACCCAGUGUGUUAAAAGUG